UUGUAGUUUGGGACAAGGGGACUACAUUUCCCAGGUAGCAUUGGGUCGGAAGUAGAACAUCAACUUCUGGUGUGCAGGCGGAGCUACCCCAGACGGUCAGGUGGGAAUAAGAAGUCACUGGUUGGCCUCCAUAGAGGUUGUGCCUACCCAACCUGUGUGCACCAUGCAUGUGCCUUGAGAGGCCUGAAGAGGGCGUCAACUCCCCUGAAGCUGGAGGGGAGGAAGCCUGAAGAAGAAUGGCCAGCUCUAAUAGUCAGGACAUGGUCUGUGGGUCAGUGACAUUUAAGGAUGUGGCUGUUGACUUCUCUCAGGAGGAGUGGGCCUGCCUGGAUGCUACUCAGAAGGUCUUAUACAGGGACAUGAUGUUGGAGACCUACAGCAACCUGGUCGCAGUGGUGGGACAUUGCAUUUCUAAGCCAGAUCUGAUCGUCUUACUAGAGCAGGAGAAAGAGCCCUGGAUGACUGUGAAGGAAGAAACAGACAGGCCGAGCCCAGAUUUGGAAGCAGAUUAUGAUGCUGAAAAUAUAUCCCCCCAAAAUCGUAUUAAUAAUAGAAAAAUUUCCAAACAGAGCAUAAAGCAAUUAAGUAGAACUUUUGACCUCAAGGGCUCCUGGUUUAGUAAUGGCCCCAACUAUAGUACAUUCCAAGGACUACAGGAUUGUCAGAGUGACGCUGGUCAACAGAUUACUAACAAGGCAGAAAUGCCUCCUUAUACCUGCCAGACUCUUGCUCACAAUACAGAAAAACCGUAUGAAUGUAAAGAGUGUGGGAAGUGCUUUGGUUGUAGGUCAACUCUAACUCAGCAUCAGAGUGUUCACACUGGAGAGAAGCCCUAUGAAUGUGAGGAGUGUGGGAAGGCCUUCAGACUCCCCCAACAGCUCACAAGACAUCAGAAGUCUCACAGUGGGGAGAAACCUUUCAGUCAUAAUGAAGGCAGACAGGCUUUUCAACAUCCCAACCUACUCAAGUACCCUAAAGCCAUUCAUACAGGUGCAAAAGCAUUUGCAUGCAGGGAAUGUGGGAAGUCCUUCAACCGUGUCUCCAGCCUUGUUGAACAUGGGCUUAUCCAUGCUGAUGUGAAACCAUAUGAAUGUAAUGAGUGUGGGAAAGCCUUUAAACGACACAGAAGUUUUGUGCGCCAUCAGAAAAUCCAUUCUGGUGAGAGACCUUUUCAGUGUAAGGAUUGUGGGAAGGGCUUCAUUGUUCUUGCUCACCUCACUCGGCACCAGAGCAGUCAUAGUGAAGAGAAGCCAUUUGAAUGUGAGGAAUGUGGCAAGAAAUUCAGAACUGCCAGACACCUUGUUAAGCACCAGCGCAUUCAUAGCGGCGAGAAACCCUUUGAAUGCAAUGUAUGUGGGAGUGCUUUCCGGCUUCAACUAUACCUUUCUGAGCAUCAGAAAACUCACAUGGAAGAGAAAUACUUGGAAUGCAAUGUAUGUGGGAAGGCUUUUCGGCUUCAGGUAUAUCUUUCUGAGCAUCUGAAAACUCACACCGAAGAGAAUCCUUUCAAGUGUAAGCUCUGUGGGUCAGCCUUCCCAAAUAAGUACCAACUUAAUAAGCAUCUCACAGUUCACACUGAUGGGAAACCCUAUCAGUGCAAGGAGUGUGGGAAAUGCUUUCGUCAAAGGUCAAAACUAACUGAACAUGAGAGUAUUCACACUGGGAAGAAACCCUUCCAGUGUGAAGAAUGUGGGAAGUUCUUUAGACUUAAUACACUUCUCAUUCAUCAUCAGAAGUCUCACAGAGGUGAGAAACCUUUUGAAUGUAAAGAAUGUGGAAAGGCUUUCCUUCUUCCCAGCCAGCUUAAUAGCCAUAAAAUUGUUCAUACAAGUAAAAGACCCUUUGAAUGCAAGGUAUGUGGGAAGUCUUUCAAGCGUGAAUCCAAUCUCAUUCAACAUGGCGCUGUUCAUGCUGGUGUGAAAUCAUAUGAAUGCAGUGAGUGUGGGAAAGGUUUUAUUCACCGCUCAAGCCUAUUCCACCAUCGGAAAAUUCAUUCUGAUGAGAAACCUUUUAAGUGUCAGGAGUGUGGAAAGGCCUUCGUUGUUCUGGCGUACCUCAUUCAGCAUCAGAGCAUUCAUUCUGGAGAGAAACCAUUUGAAUGUGAGCUGUGUGGGUCAGCCUUCAGAUGUAAAUCACAACUCAAUAAACAUCUGAGAAUUCAUACUGAUGUGAAACUCUUUCAGUGUGUGGAAGAUUGAACAGACAUUGUUCAUGGAACAGAGCUUAGAGUCCAUACCAGUGAGAAGCUCAUUCAAUGUCAUGAAUAUGGGGAAGCUUUUUAAUAUCUUUACAAAAUUCUUAGACAUGUUAGAAUUCAUACUGGCAAGAAUCAUCAUGAAUAUAAAGAAUGUGGGAUGUACUUUAUGUGUGGUGGAGACCUUAAAGGACAUCAAAGAAUUCACACUGGAAGAAACAUUACCACUGUUAAGAAUGUAGGAAGACCUUUAGUUGAAUAUGAAACUUGUUUUGACAUUCUAAAUAUAAUAUUAAUAAGAAGUCUUAUGAUGUAAGGAAUAUGGAAAGGCCUACAGUAAUUCUAAGUUCCCUGUAUAUCAGAGAAGUUCUACUGGUGAGAAAGCCUAUGAAUAAAAGUAAGGUGGGAAAAUGUUUAGACUUCGUUCAGCCUUCAUGCAUAGUGGCAAAUUCAUACAGGUAGGACACCUUAUCAGUAUAAAGAAUGUGCACAGACCUCCAAGUGGAGCUGGGGCCUUCUUCAACAUAAAAAAAUGUUUGCUUGUGUCAAACACUAUGGAUGCAAGGAAUGUGGGAGUAUUUACAGAAUCAGCUCCGCUCUUACAGCUCAUUAGAGAGUCCAUACGAGUCCCGAGAUGCCGUGACUGUGAAGACUCGGUGAGAAAGCUUUUAUUGUAAAUGGUGAGCUUACGCAACAUCACAAAAUCCAUAAUCACAGGAGUCAUGUGCAUGUGAAGGAGGACAAGCCACUGUAUGAAAAUCUUCCUGAACGUCAGAGAACUCAUAUUGGGAAGACCAUGAUGUCGCAUAAAAUGAGAACUUUAAUCUGCCCUGGGAUUUGGUGAACAUCAGGGUAUUCAUAUACUGUUGAUGCCAAGAAAUCCUUUGGAAUGAGAAUUUGGGAAGUCGGUUCAGAUACUCUGUUGAAAAUGUCUCUUAUCCUCAGAAAUCUAGGAAGUCUCCUGACAACGUUUUCCCAGCAUUCUAACAGUCUAGAUUGACUGCGUUUGUAGAGCGUGUCCCAGGAUGCUGCCAAACGUGACUGGAAAAAAAGUUGUUCUAUCCUCCCUACAGGGUCAGGACACAGAACACUGACAGUUAAACUGUGAGGGGCCUGCAUGAAGAACCCGACUCUGCCAUUGCUCCAUUGGCAGCAACAACAAAGCCCUGGUGGCUCUAAAGUCUAGGAGAAAAGGCUGGAUGCCUGCAAUUCAGAGUCCUUUGCUUUAAGGAUUGAAGCUAGGUGUGGUGACUUUUGCCUGUAAUUCCAGAAUAUGAGAGGCUGAGGUAGGAGAAUUAUCAGGCAUUUAAGGCAAGCCCGGGUUUCAUGUAUGAAAUCCAGGGUAUCUUGGAAAAGAAAAAAUAAAUAAAUACACAAGCCUAAAGGCUCAGGGAUCUACAGACAAGAGAAGGCAGGAAGAUUGUAAGAGCCAAGGGAUGUCUUCAAGGAAAUACUGACUUCCAGACACAACAGAUGCACAUUAUGAACUCUCAAGAGUCCAUGCAGUGUGUGCAGGUUCAAGGAAGACAGUCUUAACAAUGGGGGGUGGGGGGAACCAUGGGCUCCCACCCCUAACCAGUGAACUAUCUGGAAUUGACACCUGCUAGCAAAUAAAAAUCAGGUGUCUCCAAUGCUGUCUCACUGGGUGUAUCAACACCUCAGGGCCCACACAAAAUAAACCUGGUGGUAUUUUUGUGACCUUUUUGUUUACUUUGCAUUGCUUGGUCAUUUUUGAUUUUGUCUUAUUGUGCAUUUCUGCAUGCACACCACUCCCCUCACACAUACAAACAGUGACACCACACACAUGAAAAAUGGAGAAAAAAGCCAAGGGAAUGAACAGCAUGGAAUCAAUAAGUGGCAUUGUCACAGGUCAUCCAGAACUUCGUGGGGUUUAAAGGGAGCUCAGGAUUGAUGCAGAUGGA